AUGAAGCUCACCACCCUCCUAACAACAACCCUCUGGGCCACCACCGCCCUCGCCGCAGCCAAACCCCUCAUAGAGAAACGCGACCUUGCCACCGCAGCAGCAACACCCGCAACAUCAGCAGCAGCAAUGCACACCCCCAACGCCGCAGCAUCAUCUACACCCAGUUCUCGUGCGUCGGCAAGUGCCUCUGCCUCUUCGUCGGGUGCUUCGGCGCAAUAUGAGACGAGUAAUAAUGACGACGACGACGAUGAUUACGAUAAUGAGGAUCACGACGAUGAUGAUGAUGGAAAGGAUCCUAAGGGUGAUGAUGAUGGUGGGGAUAAGGGCGGGGAUGAUCAGGAUAAGAGUGAUCCAUUUGAUUUCUUGUCGGGGAUUUUGGGAUUGCUUGGUGGUUUGGGUCUGCGGUAAACUGAUCGACACGGACAGUCAAAUUCUACUCUGUCUUAGGGCACAGUUUUCGGUUCUAUAUUCUGUCUUGUCCUAUUGAUGAUUAUUGCUUCUUCUGAUGUGGUGAAUGGCGGAGGUGUUCAUAGGUUAUUUCUUUAUGUCUGUUUCAUCUGAUUUGCUUGGAUGUGGUUCAAUGUUGGUCAGUUAGGGCUCGCUGUAUCUGUG